AUGUCAGCGUCAGACUACUUUGAGAGAAUUCUGGCAGUAGCCAGCACGAUACAAGGAACACUGAGUGACGAUGGACUCUCCAUUGUGUUAUGUUCACAUGAGCACCUGAUGCUGCUCAAUUUGGGCAAUGCUCCUGAGAAGUUUGAAGAACAUCGAACUGCAAUUGCGUCAUUUAGUGCAGAUAACCCGUGGCUGGAUGUGGAUGGAGACACGGACACAGGUGUAGACUCCACGUACAGGUGUUUGAUCAAACACAAACCUUUGUACAGUUACGUCCAGAGAACACCAUACGAAAGUUUGGAUAUCCCAACUUUCAUACAGCACAUGAUGAAAGCGUGUUUGACCUGCAGAUUUAUUGACGAUGCCUGUAGGGUGGAAACUUGGAAGACUGAGGCAGUAAACUGCAUACAGAAUAGGGAAAACAGAAAGAGAUGGACGGAAGAAUCUGAUAGAGUAAGAUCCAGCACUCAGAGUGGCCGAACAGGAAAUGACAUCACAAGUUCUGCUGCUGUAAGUAAAGAAGCCGAGGGCAGUACUUAUAUGUUGCCGAGAUUUAACCAGAAUUGUGUUUCUUCAAUGUUCAAUGCACAAAAUGUCUCAUUCACAAGAAGUGAAACAAGAGCUCUUCCAGACUUUAAGGAGUUACUGUCAUCUGAAAAUUUGGUUGAUGAUGGCGACAGAGUUGUGGGAGUACAGUAUCCUAUAGCCAUUGGUCAGGGGGAAGGUCAUCGACAAACACCAAAUCAGUUUUUGAAUCAGUCAUCUCUAGUGUCGCCAAUAAUUGCCAGAACACAGGAAGAGAUUCUGAAGACCAUACAGAGCAUGAGGAACUCUUGUUUACUUGCAGCUGGUAUGGAAGCAGAAAAGAGUUUGCCAGGUGACUCUGGUGUUUGUAGGAAGAAUUAUCAUGAUAGAAGAAGUACAGCUGUCCCAGAUGUCUUGACCUGCAGAGAGCCAGUUGAGCAGAGUUACCACUGUGAGCUAGAACCUAACAGGUUUGGCGAUGGAAAUCUUCAACAAAGGGGCACAAUUGUCUCCAGACAGACAUUAGCAUCCACUGACAUUCACAAUUACAGAGCUCAACCUUUCAAGGAAUCUCAGACAGAAAUAGAGAAAUUAGGCCACAGAAAAAAUCGCAACAGUCAGUGGAGCAGUCCUAGAAGACCGAUAUCAGAGGGGAUUGAGUGUAAAAGCAGACAGGUUCUUGCGGAUGCUGACCGUGGAAAUGUUGUACCUGACCGUGUUAGUGAUGAGGUUUUGCCUGAUGAAUUAAACAAAUCCCAGCUGGUGCUAGAGUUAUGCAGGUCAGACCAGACAUCACAAAGUGACCUGACUUCUGGUAAAAUUGUUGAUCUUUGUAUCAGCAUGAGUGAACAAACGUCUGGGCAGAACUCUCCAGGGAAUAAAAUUAGCAAAGCUCAGAAUGAUACAUUUUCUGUGCUCGAGUACAUCAGAAAUAGCUUUAACACUGAUAUGUACACGAGUACCGAGCCAGCAGCAACGGCUAGCAGCAGUCAGCAAGAAGAAACUCAGCAGUUGCCAUGUGAGGACAUUCAGGUUGCAGGAGUCCAAGGAGAGAAGGCAAAUGGAAGGCAUGCAGGAUCAAAGGUCAGCAGCAGCAGACCAGGUCUGGGUAAUAGAACUUUGCCGUCUGCCUCUCCAUCGAGCCAACCUUUUGAUGCUGCCCUGUAUUUAGAAAACUAUCUGCAUCUACUUACAGCUUCUGCUAGCAAACAUGAACAGCAAUCCAUGACUGAAAGGCAACCUCAAAGUCUUCAACCACGGCCGCAUCUUCAGUGUCUGGGCGGUACGGAUUUACCUGACGGCUCUCGGGACAGUGGCCGUGUUUCAGCGUUGGUUCAUAAUAUGAAUAAUAGUGAAUGUGCAAACAGGCCUACUUCUAACUGUGGGAGUAGUGCAUUUUCAAGGUCAAGGGUCAUGAGUUCAUCAUCGCUGUUGAGUUCAGGUCAUCAUGCAUUCAGUCAUGGGACUUCUGCCAGUGAAAGUGGUUACUCAUCGGAACAACAGCUUACAUGCCUAACUGGCAUGUUAAAAGCUAGACCAGUCGAAGGUGCAUUAUCUAGUCCCAGGUAUCACCAGAAACAUGUUUCAGAUCCAUGUAUCAAUCAUGCAUUUAGUGAUCACUUUCCCUCCUCCGAUGGCUUGCUGACAGAAGCAGGCCGCACAGAUACUGACACCAAGAUGUCUGGCAGAGAAUGCAGUCCAACUGAAAGAAUGCUGGCAAUGUUAACCUACAUACAGACCCUGGCACAGAUGCCCAGUUUUCCAGAUCAGUCUGUGUUCUCACAAGCUGAUGUACAGCUACCUCAAGCUGAAGAUUCACAAACAGAUAACCAGGUUCCUGACAUCCGAGCCUCUUUACUCCCAGAGAACUCAAACAGUUUGAUAUUCCGGGAAGCAGUCGAACAAUCCUGGAAUGAAACACUGAUGCCAGAUUUCACCCAAUUUUCAGCAGAGGUCGGUGAUAUGUCUGCUUCUGGUAUGAUUCGACCAGAACUUCUGCUCGUCGAAAACCAAAUACGCCAACGUGAGUAUGACAGCUCUCCAGACAGCGAGGAAGUAACAUUAGCAGAAAACAUGAGAUCUUUACAAAGCUGA